GGCACAUCAAGGUUUACGAGUUAAAAUAAAAACGACGUUAGUCACAUAAAUAUCAAUACAAGAUCAUUAUGUCUUCUAUUACUUUUUAUUCUCGGAUCUGUAAAUCCAGCCUGCGAAAAUAAAACAAAUAAAAGGACAAAAGCAAGAGAGCUACUCGCUGAUCUCGACGUUGAUUUGCUUUUCCUUCCAGUACUUGUUCAGCUGUGUGGCAGGCAGCGCUAAUCGAUAUUGAGCUUGUGAUGUAAGAUUUCCUGUUGGUCUCCAGAGCCGUGCAAGAACGGUUGAAGAAACUGGAUAGAUUGUGGGUGUUUAGCUGUAACAAGGCGGGCGUUGACGUCUGUGUGGUUUUAAACUAAGACAACUUAUUAUUAUUUUUUUUAGCAUUAGCUACUUUUAUUUUGAUACGUACUUUAUAUUAGCGGAUAUCACGUAGUUGUUUAUUUUUGCUAGUUAUUCAUUACAGUUACAGUCACGGGGAUCCAGUCCCGUGGUGUGUUGGCUUCCAGUAAAAUACAGUCACCGCGGAAUUGAGUAAACCCAGGGGUAGAGAUGUCUGCCACGGUUGCCGGCAGCGGCGGCGGUUCUACCGGCUCUGCCCACCAGGGCCCAGCACUUACAGGGCCCGGUUCCGGAAUGUCAAUGUUUCGCUGGCUUGAAGUACUGGAGAAAGAAUUCGAUAAGGCCUUCGUAGACGUGGACCUCCUUUUGGGUGAGAUCGACCCCGAUCAAGCAGACAUUACCUAUGAGGGCCGCCAGAAAAUGACUAGCUUAAGUUCCUGCUUCGCUCAGCUUUGUCAUAAAGCACAGACUGUCUUCCAGCUCAACCACAAACUGGAGGCCCAGCUGGUAGAUAUGAAGUCGGAGCUUGUAGAAGUACAGGCAGAGAAGGCUGUUUUUGAGAAAGAAGUACAUGAUCAGUUACUGCAGCUUCAUGCUGUCCAGUUGCAACUUCAUUCCAAGACUGGCCAAAAUGUUGAUUCUGGCUCUAUCAAAGCAAAACUGUCUGUCCCAAAUGUGGAGGAGAUGGAAAAGGAACUGGAGGCAAACAAGAAAGAAAAAGUAAAGGAGGCAAAAUUAGAAGCAGAAGUAAAAUUACUGAAGAAGGAGAAUGAAACACUGCGGCGUCAUAUUGCUGUCCUUCAGGCAGAAGUAUAUGGUGCCAGAUUAGCGGCAAAAUACCUCGACAAAGAAUUAGCAGGAAGAGUUCAGCAAAUCCAGUUACUUGGCCGGGAUAUGAAAGGUCCAGCACAUGACAAAUUAUGGAACCAGCUUGAGGCUGAAAUUCAUCUUCAUCGACAUAAAACAGUGAUUCGUGCUUGUCGAGGUCGGAGUGACUCCAAGAGACCUCUCCCUAUACCUGUGGGACAUGAUGCAGACGCUUUAAAGAAAACUCAAGGUGUUGGGCCUAUUAGAAAAAUCUUGUUGUCUAAAGAGGAUCAUGAAGGUCUUGGAAUUUCUAUAACAGGUGGCAAAGAACACGGAGUUCCCAUUUUAAUAUCAGAAAUUCACCCUGGCCAGCCAGCGGAACGUUGUGGAGGUCUGCAUGUUGGGGAUGCCAUACUUGCUGUAAAUGGAAUCAAUCUCAGAGAUGCUAAACAUAAAGAAGCUGUGACAAUCCUGUCUCAGCAAAGAGGAGAGAUUGAGUUUGAAGUGGUGUAUGUAGCCCCUGAAGUGGACUCGGAUGACGAAAACGUGGAAUAUGAAGAUGACAGUGGUCAUCGUUAUCGCUUGUAUCUCGAUGAGUUAGAGGAAGGCUCAGCGUCAAAUUGUAACAACAGUACAAAUGACUUUUGCCCUUUACAAGAAAAGAAUCCUAUAGGCAAUACCAUAGAGAAUGGAGAUGCACGGAGAAUCCCGAGUGAAACACUGCCUGAGGAGACUGCAGCCAAACAGUCGGAGUCAGCUGAGAGUUCUUCUUCUUAGGAUGAAAAUUGUGUUGCAGAACAGACUUUGUAUAUUUUGUUAAAUAAGAAUUUUAUAAUCUGUGAAAGAAAAUCCACCUGGAAGGUAAAAGAAAACGGUUCCAGCAGCGAUUGUUGAUGGGCAUACAGAAGGUUUAAUUGUUACUGUUGCUUUUCCCCACUUCACAAUCUUUCUUGGAAAAUGGCCUUUCACUUAAAACUGGAUUGUGAAAAGCACAUUUGAUAAAGGAUAUGGUGGCCUUGGUUAUUGUUUGUUGACUAAAUGUUGGAAAGGAUGCAAUUAAUGUACAUUUUUCUGAUAUAUUUUGGACCGCGUUUAAUUUGUAUAAAUGCUAUUUUUUUUUCUUUUCAAGAAUAUGUCAGGCUUUUUUGAAAGGCAAGGAAGCUUUUUUUUAGCUGUAAUUUAUAUUACAGAAAGAGAGUUUGAAGUGUAUGUGCUGAAACACAAGUGCACUGCUUUUGGAAUUUCCUGUUUCAGCUGUUAAAACUCUAAAAUAAAAGAACCUACUACAAAAAGUGUUGCUACAUUGGUUAGGCGUGUGACGCAUCCUCUACGUGUGCACUGGGCCUGGGUGAUGGUGCUGGUGGUGGCAAUAGUUUCAAUGCGAUUUCCAUUCAUUCACUGGAAUCUUCAUACAUACAAACAAAGCCGUUCUUCAUGUCCUGGUUUAUAAAUGAUCACGGUAAAGUUAUGUUGACCGUUUGAUAUUUGCCUUUCACUCAAAAUGUUAAUCCUGAUAAAGCAUCGAAAGAAAACGACAGUUUAGUUGGCUCCAGUGCUUGAGCUCAAUGCUUCAUAAUAUGAGGCACUCUUAGCAGCAGUGCAGCACUGAAUCCAAAAUGGAUUUAUUAAUGAGCAGGGUAGUUAAUACAAGAAGAAGAAUAGCUGCUAAGUUCAGUUAACAGAAAUUCCUAUAAAACAACAGUAUUUGAAUUGUACGCUGACUCAUUUACAAAGAAAGCUUUAUAUACACUGUCAUACUAUAAAUAAUGAUUUGUAUUACAAAUAUGUGCUAUACCUCACUUUGCUUGCAGCAUUUCACCUUCCACUACAGCAGGAAGUGGACCAUUCAGUUCUCACACCUGUUUGCUGUGCUUCAUGAUUUUGUGAGAUGUUUCUGUAGUAUCCCAUAAUCCACCUGUCAUUUCUUUAAAGGCUGCUUUUCUCACAUUUACAUUUAUAUACCUAGACACUGCAAAUGAUACUGUCAUUUGUUUGGGGUGGCCAUUUACUGCAAAUGGCAAUUCAGAGGUGAAAUGACUGAAGUGUUUAAAAUUCUGAAAGGAACUGGUAAAACAGAUCUCAGUGGUUACUUUAAAAUAAAUUCUGCAACAAGAACACGGAGACAUGGUAGGAAGCCUGUUCAGGGCUGAUUUCGUUCAAAUGUUAGAAUGUUUUUCUUCAUGCAGUGAACCAUCGAAACAUGGAAUAAACUGUAGUGUGGUGGAGAGCAGAAUUUUAGGUACCUUCAAAUCUCAGUCUAGGUCAGUGGUUCCCAAACUCGGUCCUGUAGACCCCUUCUAGCCGCAGGUUUUUGUUCCAACCAACUUCCAUUUUUCCUUGCGAGUCAUCAUCUCCCAAUUUAUAUUUUGGGGUCAAAGUAGAAGUUCCAAAACUAAGUUUGAUAAUUUUUUAUUAAUUUGCUAAGCAACUAGUUAUAUGAGGAACAUGUCUUUUUUUUUGUUUUGUUUUUAUAACUCAACGGUAUUUUCAUCCCGAUUUUCUACAUGUUCUGGCAUUUAUUUGAAUAUUUAUUCUGACUCUGAAGUAGUUGGGUCUUUCAUCAUCCCGGGUGUCAGCUCGGCUUGUUCUUAAUUGUCACUAUUACGGUUAAAUGAUGGGAGCAAACUACUCAGAAAAAGGGUAAGAUAAUAGGAAAACAAAAAAAGAGAACUAAGCUUUUAAAGCUUUAGAAAAAAUUAGAAAUAUUUCUAAAUCUCUUCUCUUAUUCUGCAUUCUGAAAAGCACAACAGAGAAGAGGGGAAAGAAAAGAGCAGCUAACUAAAUGAGAUGAAUUGUUAUUGAUUAUUAUCAUUGAUUGUGAACCUGGAUGGAACAAAAACCUGCAGCCACAGGGGGUCCCCGGGUGAACAGGAUGGACGGACUUGUUCGGCUGAAUGGCCUGUUCACGCCUCAGUUUUGUAAUGUUCUAAUUUCAGAACUGUGGCUCAAGCUGCUGCACAAACUGGAAAGAAGUUCAUGUUUCAUGUCCUACAAAGAAGUUUUCAUGCAGGUUUGGGUGAAUCGCUCUUCUUUCUGUUCUAAUGCCAGUGGUGCUUAAAUUUUUUUUUUUUUUUUCCCCUCGCCAAACCAAAAUUGCUUUUUUAAUGUCUUCAAGAGCCAGAAUUGGCACCCACCAUCAUCCUGGGGAAUUGCCACCGAUCUUUAUUGCAGGAGGUGGGUGUUCCUCCUUGAAGAAUCACUGCUGACUGUCAUCCUGGUGGGGAAGGAAAUGGUGCCCUGGGAAAAUCACCGGGACAGGUCAUAACAAAGCAGUGGCGUUGCUUUAAAUGCCCACUGCAACCCAUCUAAAGAUGCUUUGCAACCGUACUUGACCCUUUUUUUCUUUAGUACCCCUGCGUGACCAAAAUUAGGCCAAGUUGGGACCCAUAGUUUAAGACCCUGAGUUCUAGUGAAUGGGAAAUGAUGUGAAGGAUGUUUAGAGUGGAUGGUUGUUUCACGAUGCCAGUAAACCUGAAAGCAUACCACACAGUUGGGACGUUUCACAACACAGGUGGGCUCUCUCCUGCAGGUGCCCUGGAUAAGAGAGGUCAUCUGCUGUGAAGUUGUAUUAAGCAACUUUAUGGGUGGGUUGACCCAUAUUUCGUGACUUUUAAUGUGGCUAGCUCCUAUAGCACGUGGAGAAAUGCCAACCAAGAAAUGUCCAUUUUUUUUAAUGUAUGAUGGAUGGCCUGCUACGUCAGAUUUCAAUCUAAGUGCCACAAUGGAUUUAAACCAGUAAAGUCAUCACACGUAUGUGCAUGGUAUACAAUCUUGCUUUCCUUGGUUUUUGAAAUAUUACAUUAGCACUUUAAGUUCUUCAUUGUUUUUGAGAACUAGUAUCGGCCUGCUUUGCAUGGAACAGGGCUGUUAAAUUAUUUUUAGUUUUGUAGGAUACAAAAGAUUUACAAAAAUCUAACCUGCACUUUUUGAUUUUCUACAGUACAUUGGAUAGCAGCAAUCUGUUUUUUUUUUUGAUUAAAGCCACCACUGUUAUCCCCAUUUUAAAGAAAUGUCUCGGGAGUUUCCAGUGCCUUCCCAGCAUUUGACACGGCUUGGCCCUAUGGGUCUCUGAAGCUUUUGGUCAGCGCCCCGUACAGAUGAGCUGUCCUGUGUGAGGGGAGUGCGGACAUUAAAGGAAUGGGAUGGGACACAGCGCUUUAACUAAAGAUUAGCUUUAAGAGCUCCAAUACAAUGCAAGACCUCCUAGCUGUUUUAUGUUAAAAAUCAUCUUAGUGUUGGCAAUAAAAAGGAUCAUUAAUGAUGUUACAGCAUUCUGCUCACAACAAAAAUGGUCAAUUUAGACUCCUUUCAUGCUUUUUUUUUUUUUUGUAUUCUGGUGUUUGUCCGUUGGGCUGUCCAUGUGUGCCAAGAAAGAACUGAAGAUGUUACAUUGUUUUCCAUUUGAAGUAUUUUAAAAGGUAUUUUUAAAAAAAAAAAAAGGCUUUAUGGGAGAUGGGGUAAUGUGUUUUGUUCUACCAGAUUUUUUUUGAAGAAAAUGAAAUAAAAAUUAAAUGGAAUCAGAAAUUUUUGCAGCAAGAUAUAAUUACAGGGUGUAGACUGACUUUCUAUUCUCAUUUUCUUUCCUUGAUGCAGUAUACAUAAUAAAAACCUCAAAGUACAUCUAUAUGUAUAUAUACAUUUUUUUCUUUUCCAGGUAUCGAGACACACUCGUAUGCCAACUGUCAGUCUGUGAUUGAUUAAAGACUUGCCAAAUGUGAUGUAUUUCAGAAAUAUUGUGUAAAUAUGUAUGAAUGAAGAGUUAGCACAUCCAUGUGUACAGUGAAACCAUGUGCGGCGAGCCGCUCUCCGUGUCCCGUCAUCUUUUUCUAAUAUAUUUUCUUUGUUAAACCAUGUUUUGCACCAAACAGUUUUGAAAAAAGGGAAUCUUUUAUGAGUCGACCGGAUUAUUUAUUUGUUGUGCAGUUUAUUUAAUGAGAGUGAAUUCUUUACCAUUCUUCACAAAACUUGUUUGCCUUUUUACCGAUUUGUCUCAGAAGCCAGUGCAUGAUGUGCAAUUUUGUAGCAUUUUUGUUUUUCUCUCAAAUGCUCGCUUUAGAAAAGUUUUAUACCGAAGAAAAUAAAGUGUAUGUGCUCAAGAAAGUAUUGUUACCUCAUGUGAAGUCGAUGGCAGAGCAGUACAGAAUAAAGCCAGAUUACAGCCCGCCCAAAUGUACUGUCAGUGUGGGCUUGUUGCUUCCACUUCUGGUACCCUGUGACUGAAUGGUUUGUUUGGGGAGGUUGUAAGCGGUACGUGAACGGUUUGCUAUGAAAUGCUCCUGUCCCUUACGUUUUCUGUUUGUGAGUUCUACUGUCCGUAUGUGACAUUGGGAUAUCAUCCAUUGGCCUAAGCACAACAGCCGACGUGCAUCCAGUGCAGUGUGUGAGAUAAACGUGCAGAGUAAAUGGGGGUUUCUACAUGUGUGUUUAAUUGGAAACUGAUGUUGCUUUGUAUUCCGCAGUACACCAUAUAAUAAAACAUGUUUCAAAAGUGAA